AUGGAUGGCAACAACCCUUAUAACUCUCCUACAGUUCCACCACCACCUAUACAACUUCCAAAAGUAGUAACUUCUACAUCUGCACCAACAACUCCUUCAUCUUCGACAACCCCGACAGCGACGACCGGUAUUGUUGUUGGAAGAUACCGUGGAACCAGAUGUAGGAGUGGGAAAUGGGUAUCUGAGAUACGUGAGCCGCGUAAGACGAAGCGCAUUUGGUUAGGGACAUACCCUAAAGCUGAAAUGGCAGCAGCUGCUUAUGAUGUUGCUGCUCUUGCUUUAAAAGGACCUGAUACGACUCUUAACUUUCCGGAUUCGGUACUUUCUUACCCUAUUCCUGCUUCUUUGUCUUCCGCUGAUAUUCGCGCUGCGGCUGAAGCUGCUGCACAAGCCAAACUCAGGAGAGUGAAACCACCUGAUCAACAUGAACAAGGAAGACAACAGCAACAGCAAGAAAACGUUUCUGGUUUUGGUUUUGGUGGAAGUUCUUCAGCUAGUACUGGAAUGCAACAACAACAACAAAACCCUUCUGGUUUUGGUUUUGAGGAAAGUUCUAUAGCUAGUAGUGGAAUGCUGCAACAACAACAACAACAACAAGGUUAUGAAUAUAUUGAUGAGGAUGAGUUGUUGAAUAUGCCGAAUUUGUUGGACGAUAUGGCGAGAGGAAUGCAGGUUAGUCCACCAAGGAUGACCUCGUUUUCGAAUUACUCUUCCGACCAUCAUUCACCGAGGAAUUCUGAUGGAGGAGAUGAUAAUCUUUGGAGUUACACUUUUUGA